GUCACAGCAGGAGAAACAUUCCUCUGCAACCAGUUUAUUCUGCCAGUUCAUACUGGUUCAUUUGCACUGAAACCCGAAGCCCAGUUACUCACAGUCUGACUCCAGUCUUAGGUUUAGGUUUUUACCUCCAGUUUGUCCCAGUUUGGCUCCAGUUGAACCGGUGGCUGCAGAGAUGAGGCUGCUGCUGUUGUUGCUGCUGAUGGAGCGAGCUGCAGCUCAGCAGAGAGGUCUGUUUCCGGCCAUCUUAAACUUGGCCAGUAACACAGUGAUCAGCAGCAACGCAACAUGCGGCAAUCCAGAGCCAGAAGUUUACUGUAAACUGGUUGAGCACGUCCCAGGACGAAGAAUCAAGAACCCACACUGUGCCAAAUGUGAUGCCAACUCCAUCCUGUCCAAAGAACGCCAUCCAAUCACAAAUGCCAUUGAUGGGACGAAUCAGUGGUGGCAGAGUCCAAGCAUCAAGAAUGGACAACAGUUUCAUUGGAUCACCAUCACACUGGACCUAAAACAGAUUUUUCAGGUCGCCUAUGUGAUCAUCAAGGCAGCUAACGCUCCUCGACCAGGUAACUGGGUUUUGGAGCGAUCGCUGGAUGGUGUGACCUUUGACCCCUGGCAGUUUUAUGCCAUCAGUGACUCUGAGUGUUUGACUCGUUACAAUAUCACACCAAGACUUGGUGCUCCGACCUACAAGAGCGACACCGAGGUCAUCUGUACAUCAUAUUACUCCAAACUGAACCCCCUGGAGCACGGAGAGAUCCACACCUCUCUGAUUAAUGGCCGACCCAGUUCUGAAGAUUUGUCAUCUGACCUCCUAAACUUUACGUCAGCUCGUUACAUCAGACUCAGACUUCAGCGAAUCAGAACACUGAAUGCCGAUCUGAUGACGCUUAGUGUCCGUGACCCCCGAGAGGUCGACCCCAUUGUUACCCGGAGGUAUUAUUAUUCCAUCAAGGACAUCUCUGUGGGCGGGAUGUGCAUCUGUUAUGGACACGCUCAGAGCUGCCCACUUGACCCUGUCACCAAGAAGCUGCAGUGUGUGUGUGAACACAAUACCUGUGGGGAGAACUGUAAUGAAUGUUGCCCCGGUUACCACCAGCAGCCAUGGCAACCAGGAACAGUCGCCAAGGGAAACACCUGUGAAAAGUGUAACUGUCACAGCAAAGCAGUUGACUGCUUCUACAAUCAAACCGUCUCCGAACUCUUUCUGAGUUUAAACUCUCACGGCGUUCGUCAGGGAGGUGGAGUUUGUAUCGACUGUCAAGAAAAUACAGCUGGCAUCAAUUGUGAGACCUGCAGAGAUGGGUACUACAGACCCGCUGAGGUCUCUCCGUACUCAGACUUUCCGUGUGUCGAGUGUAACUGUGACCUGAGAGGGUCAAAGUUGACAGUCUGUGCCAGACACAGCACACAGCCAGGUGUGUCUGCAGGUCAGUGUGUGUGUCGGAAGGGCUUUGCAGGUCAACAGUGUGAUCGUUGUGCAUUUGGAUACAGAGAUUUUCCUCAGUGUGUUCACUGUAAGUGCAACCUGUCUGGCAGCACCAACUCCGACCCCUGCAGCCCCUGCACCUGCAAGGUGAAUGUGAUGGGGGCUCACUGUGAUCUGUGUAAACCAGGGUUCUACAACCUGCAGGAGAAAAAUCCACUUGGUUGCACCGAUUGUUUUUGCUUUGGUGUGUCUGACGUCUGUGAGAGCUCCACCUGGCUUACAGCUCAGGUGUUUCAUACAGAUUCUUGGCUCCGCCCCUCUCAGUCCCUCUAUAUCACCCAUGGCAACGAACUCCCCAUUCUUGGAAACACCCCCUCUGGCCACACCCACCAACUGCUCUCAUGGGUGGCGCCCAUCAAUUUCCUUGGCAACAAGCUGGCGUCUUACGGAGGUUAUCUGAACUACUCGGUGGUUUAUGACAUCCUAUUGGACAAUAAAGACCGCUCUCUCCCUGCCCACUCUGACAUCAUUAUUGAGGGUAACGGCCGGGCUCUUCGUCUCUCGCCUCCUUUCCUCCUCUUCCUCACUCCGCUGACCAAAACUUUGGUUGGCGUGGCGAUCAACCCACACGGAUUUGUGGAUGAUCAGACAGGUGUUCGGGUUUCUCGUGAUGACCUCCUCUCAGCCCUGGCUAGUGUGACGUCUCUGACAGUCAGAGUACACCUGAACACCUCCACCAACGGGCCAAUACGUCUCAGUUCAGUAUCUCUCGAUGUUGCUGACCCUGGAUCAGUUUCUGGCCUUCAGGCAGUUGCGGUGGAAACAUGUGAAUGUCCAUGGGGUUACAGCGGCACUUCCUGUGAGGUGUGUCUCCCAGGUUUUUACAGAGUAGGAGGAGUUUUAUUUGGAGGAAACUGUGUGCAGUGUGAGUGUAAUGAUCAUGCCACCGAGUGCGACAUCAACGGAGUUUGUUUGGGGUGUACCCAUAACACUACAGGUCCUAACUGCGGACAGUGUCUACCUGGUUUCUAUGGCGAUGCUACCGAGGGGACAACAGAUGACUGUCAGGUCUGUCCGUGCCCUCUGACAGAGCCAUCCAACAGCUUCAGCCUCACCUGUGUGCUGGAGGCACCUGGUCAGGUGUCAUGUGACCAGUGUCAGGAAGGAUAUGCUGGGACCAACUGUGAGAGGUGUGCCAGUGGUUACUACGGUAACCCACAGGUGGUGGGCGGGGCCUGUGUUCCCUGCGCAUGUAAUGGUAACGUGAACAUCAGUGAGGCGGGACACUGUGACACUAUCACUGGGGAGUGUCUGCGUUGCCUUGGCAACACAACUGGGAAGCACUGUGAUGUCUGUCGGCCUGGUUACUACGGAGAUGCCGUGAAUGCCAAGGACUGUCGGGAGUGCGGCUGUGAUGUUAGUGGGGCCUUCUCCAGUUUGUGUGAUGUCACAACGGGUCAGUGCUCAUGCAGAGAAAACGUGAUGGGGCGCACCUGUGACCGCUGCCAAUCUGGAUUUUUUGGGCUUCUGAGUGGGCGGGGCUGCCAGGCCUGUGGCUGUAAUCGGACGGGCUCUGUUAAUCAGUCAUGUGAUGAGGAGGGACAGUGCCAGUGUGAGCAGGGUAUUACUGGACACAAGUGUGACUGCUGUAGUCACGGUUACUAUGGUUUCCAUGGCAAUGGCUGCACAGCAUGCACCUGUGAUCACACUGGUGGGAACUGUGACCCAGUGAGCGGAGAGUGCAUCUGCCCUGCCCAUACAGACGGAGACACCUGUGACAGGUGUGAGAGAGGUUACUGGGGUCGUGACCCAACCACAGGCUGCAAGCCAUGCAGCUGCAGUGCAGCAGGAAGCUCCACCCCUCAGUGUAAUCUAACCAAUGGGCAGUGUCACUGCAGAGAGGGAUUCUUUGGCAAGUCAUGUGACCAGUGUGCACCUGGUUACUAUGGUUACCCAGCAUGUUUGGCAUGUGGCUGUGACGUGGCAGGAACAAAUGAAACAUUCUGUAACACAACGCUGGGAGUGUGCCACUGUCAAGACAGCGGAGAGUGUGUGUGCAAGACAGGUGUGUCGGGUCGGCACUGUGAGGAGUGUGUUUCUGGUUGGUUUGGUCUGUCGGGCGAGAAUCCAGAUGGCUGUUUGCAGUGUUUCUGUUCAGGACUCAGUCAAGACUGUGAGGAGCAGGGAGGCCUCACCAGAGUACCUGUGAGUUUUUCUAGUACAUGCAUACUAAAUCAGUAUGUAUGUAUACAUGUGAAACAACAGAAUCUUCUUCUUCUUUCGGCUGUUCCCUUCGAAGGCAACCAGCUGAUGUCGUACGGUGGCCUGCUGUCUUAUAUCAUCACCUUCUACGCUGAGGAUGGCUUGGGCCUGUCCAAUCAGGAGCCUCAGGUGCUAAUGAGGGGCGGGUCUCUGAGGGAGCUUGUGAUCUACACUGACAUGGUUGCCCCUAGCAUUGGCGUCAGGACUCAGCACGACAUCAGGAUGACAGAGCACAAUUGGAAGUACUUCAACUCAGUCUCAGAGAAGGCAGUGAGUCACGCCGACUUCAUGUCCAUCCUCAAUAAUGUUCAGUACAUCAUCAUCAAGGCUUCAAAUGGGACCAGACUGCAGCAGAGCAGGAUCACCAACAUUACCAUGGAGACAGCUGUGGAGGCACAGGAGGGGUCAGAGAUCAGAGGGGGCGUAGCCAGACUGAUUGAGUCCUGCGUCUGUCCACCUGGAUACAUGGGUCUGUCUUGCCAGGAGUGUGCAGUGGGUUAUUUCCGUCAGCCUCGGUCUGAGUUGAUGUCGCAGAGUCAGAAGUCAAUGUUUGUUCGUCCGUGUGUUCAGUGUCGUUGCAACAACCACAGUGACAGCUGCGACACAGAGACUGGUGACUGCCAGGACUGUCAGCAUCACACCAGUGGACGGAGCUGCGAGCACUGUGCCUCGGGGUAUUAUGGGAACGUGAGCGGCUCCAUCAGUGACUGUUUGCUGUGUGCCUGCCCGCUGCGGGACAACAGCUUCAGCCCAACCUGUGUGUUAGAGGGAGUGUUUGGUGAUUUUCACUGCACCGCCUGUCAAACGGGAUAUGAGGGGAGAUACUGUGAGAGGUGUUCUUCUGGUUACUAUGGUAACCCCUCAUUGUCGGGUGGGGUGUGUUCACGAUGUAGCUGCAGUGGGUGGGGCUCCCUCCACCUGCCGUGUAACGCGCUGACCGGACAGUGUGAGUGCAAGGCUGGGGUCAGAGGUCGGUCAUGUGACCAGUGUGAGGAGAGGCAUAUCCAGCGAGGAGGAGAGUGUGUGUCGUGUAACAACGAGUGCACUGGUGUUUUGCUGCACAGUCUGGACAGACUGCACAACCACUUCCUAUAUGUCAACCUGAGUGAGCUUGACAUGGUGCCUUACUGCCAGUUGGUGGCGCUGGAGAACCAGACCAGAGCCCUCCAGGUGGUGCUUGCCGAGAACAGCUCCAUCACGUUUACACUGUCCAGAGCAGAAGAUGAAUUAAAUCAUUUGACCUCUGACCUCAGCACUUUACUGCAGCAGGUCACACGCCUUUCUAACAGCCUAGAGGAAGUGGAUGUUUACACCAAUUUCAGCCUCUCCCAGAGUGCACUGCUGCUGGGGAGCAUUAGCAGCCUUCAUGACAACAUUCAGGUGCUGGAAAUGGAGGUGGGGCAUAUGAAUCACACCACAGAGGAGGAGCUCAGUUCAGCCAGUCAGACACAUCUGGCAUCCAUUUUGGAAAGCAUCAGAGCUGUCAAUCUAAUGGCCGCCAAGGCCACAGCUAAUCAGGAGCUCAGUCUGUCAGAGUCUUUCGUGCACUCGCUGCAUGUGGACUUCCUGUCGAGCAGGGCAACAAUUAACAACAGGCUCUGCCCCCUGUCGACCUCCAUCACCAUCAGCAUGGAAAUGCUGAAAAAUGCUCAAAAACACCUGAGUGAUACUUCACAACAAAAUGUGCAAACACAUACACUGUUGGACGCCGCUCACACUCUGCUGCACCAGUAUCAGUCCAUCUGUCAGAACCUCAGUGAUGUGUGUCAGUCUGUGGGUUCACUGAUGGAGGAGAGUCAGCUGCUGCUGGAUGACACAGUCGGUGUGAUGGAGGAGUUAACAAACACCAUCAUGCCGGUGGAAGUGCUGGGCAGUCAGCUGGAUCAAUGGCACCCUCUGCUGAGGAAACGGGUGGAUGCUUUGGUUGUUGGACUGAAGAUGACGGACGCCCUGGAGAAUGUUUACCUUGCAGAGAGCAAAGCCCACCUGCUGCAGAGCCAUGCCCACUCCCUGCACAGCUCACUCCCGUCAGUGUGGAACGUGUCUCAGACCAGCAGCGGGUUGGUUCAGCUCAACUCUGACAUCACAGAGCAAGUUGAGUCCGCCCAGCAGAUGGCCUUGAUUGCCCAUGUCUCCGCCUCCCUCGCUCUCAACAUGUCUGCUCAAACAGAACAGCCAGUGUCAGAGGAGGGCAGGGUCAGACCGAAUAUUAGCGCUGCUGCUUUUGAAAAAAGUCGACAAAUCAACAAGACGGCCAAAGACCUGCGGCUCAACAUUUCCAUGGUUACCAGUAGACUGGGAUUGGUCAGAGAGAGCAUUCGUAACACCAGCCUCCUCCUCUGUCAGCCAAUCGGAGAGCUGCAGAACCUGUCUAACGGUUCGUUCGUGCCUCUACAGCAGGCUCAGCAGGCGCAGCUGCAAACUGCAGUAGCACAUUCCGACCUGCAGGUGGCUCUGCAGCAGCUGCAGAAACUCAGAGAUCAGCUGCAGAAUUCUUCUUCUAUGCUGGAGAGCACCAAUGACACAGUGAGGAAGACCAACCAGCUGGCAACUCACACGCACUCUGCAGCCAAUGAGGCACAGCGUAAGCUGGAGGAGGUGGAGCAUCGUACACAGCAUCUUCUGGAGCAGAUCAAGCCACUGAGCAUGCUGGGAGAAACACUUAGCAGGAACCUGUCUGACAUCCGAGAGCUGAUCGAUCAGGCCCGACAACAGGCCGCAUCGAUAAAGGUGGCGGUGCAAGCGGGCAGAGACUGCAUUCGAUCCUACAGACCACAGAUUGAGUCGAGCAACUUCAACACUCUGAGCCUGAUCCUGAAGACGUCGAGUAGAGAAAACCUGCUUUUCUACCUGGGCAGCAACACUACGGUGGAUUACCUGGCCGUAGAGAUGCAUGAUGGGGAGAUUUCUCUGGUGUGGGAUGUGGGUUCAGGAAGCAGCAGACUGGAGUUUCCUGGGUUGGACAUCACCAACAAUAGAUGGACCCUAAUCAACGCUACUCGGUUUGGUGCCCAUGUAUCUUUGUCGGUACAUCAGCUGGACUCUGAGUCGACUCCAUUGCCCAUGGUAACAGCAACAUCCCCAGGAUCAUCCCGAGUUUUGGACAUUGACAAAAACACAGUGAUCCAUAUUGGAGGACUGGCAGCUCACACACAGAGCCCCACAGCACUGAGGUCUUCCACCUUCCAGGGCUGUCUGAGUGAAGCAACACUCAAUGAGAGAAACAUUGGACUGUGGAACUAUGACAGCAGAGAGGGAGAGUGUGGGGGCUGCUUCAGCAGUCCCCAGGCUGAAGGGACGUCCUUCCACUUUGAUGGAUCUGGAUUCUCACUGGUUCAGAAGUCUUUGAGGGUGACCACUACCUCUGUCGUUUUGCUGUUUAAAACACUGUCACCGGGCGGAUUACUGCUCUAUCUGGCCUCCAACAACACUCGAGACUUCCUAUCCAUGGAGCUGGUGGAGGGUCAUGUCCAUCUAACCUUUGACCUUGGCUCAGGUACUCUGAUUCUGACCUCUAACAGGAAGUACAACACUGGCAUGUGGUACAAGAUCACACUACAGAGGAACAAGCGCAAAGGUUACCUGUCCAUCAUGGCAGCCAACCAACCAUCAGAGAAGGAGGUUUUGGAGGCAGAGUCUCCUGGUAAAGCCUCGGAUCUCAACCGGUCCGAUCUCGAUCCUAUCUAUAUCGGAGGACUUCCUGCCUCCAAACCAAUCAGGCGACCGGUGGUGUCCAGGUCAUAUGUCGGCUGCAUAAAGAAUGUGGAGAUCGCUCGGUCUAAUUUUGACCUGCUGAGAGAUGCAUACGGAGUUAGGAAAGGUUGUGUACUUGAGGCAGUGAGGAGUGUGUCGGUGCUGGGUGGAGGCUUCAUUCAGAUCGCUCCUCCUUCACUCGAUCAGGAGGUGGAGCUUCUCUUCUCCUUCUCCUCCAAGAACCAGUCAGGAGUCCUGCUGGCUGCCUUCAGCAACAAGCGCUCAGACAGACAGCACUUCCUGUCUGUUCACCUGGUCUCAGGUGUGUUGGAGGCGGGGCUCGGUGAGGUGGGUGGGGCCUCUCGGUGGCUGAUGGUGAUGAAACGUGGUGGAGGAUCUUUCAGUGAUGGAGAGAAACACUCUGUGAUUAUCUCUAUCAACAGGAAAUCUCUGUCCAUACAGGUGGAUGAGGAACACCUGAAGUCCACCUCUCUGUUGCCGGUCGGAUUUUCUCAUCUCUCUCCAGCCUCACUAUUCAUUGGUGGGCUGCCCUCAGAGGAGGAGUCCCAUCUGCCACUCAGAUUACAGCAUUUAUCCAGGUUGUUCAGAGGCUGCAUCCAACACCUGGUGGUGGGCGGAGUGCUCAUUGACCUAUCAGGAGCUGUGCGGUAUGAGGGAGUGGAGCUCAGCAGCUGCCUAUUGGAGGAGAGGGCUGGGGGGGUGGUGCUUCCAGAUGACCAAGAUAUAGAACCAACUUCAGACCCUGUGCACCUGUUUCUAACCCGGCCCACACACCUGAGUGCACACACACCUGGAGCCCUAACGUGUGUGUCGGAGGCAGAGCCCACUUUCCUGCCAUCAGCGGCUCAGUUUGGUUUGUCCAGACACAGUCACAUGACCUUCAUCAUCAACCCCAAGACUGUCAGAAAAAGUGUGUUGGUGAGGUUGUCAGUUCGAAGCCGGGCUCUGGAUGGUUUGAUCUUCCUCCUCUCCGACUCCAGACAGAUGGACUUCAUCUCCCUGAGACUGUUCGGGGGGAGAAUGAUGAUGUCAGCUAACCUGGGGAAAGGCCCAGCCUCCAUCACCUCCUCUGUCACUAUUAAUGAUGGAGACUGGCACACCGUGAGUGCAAAGGUUAGUCGGCGGUCGAUGUCCGUGUCGGUCAAUGCUUUGAGUCCUGACUCUGUGACAAUUAAAGGAAACCAGCUGGAUGUGGACAGCAGACUUUACCUGGGAGGACUUCCACACACCUACACUGCCAGGAGGAUCAAUGUGAGCAGCAGUUUUCCAGGUUGUGUUCAGUUUGUCAGUUUGAAUGGGGCCAUGUUGGACCUGUCCCAGCCAUACUCGCAGCAUGAUGUCACUUCCUGUUUCACUAAAGACCAGACAGGAAGUUACUUUAAUGGCAGUGGAUAUGCCGUCCUCAUGCAUGAUGGGUAUAAGGUUGGCUCUGACGUGUCUGUGUCUUUGGAGUUUCGAACAAGCCAAUCAGAGGGUGUGUUUCUGGGAAUCAGUAGUGCAAAGGUUGACGCCAUCGGAUUGGAGAUGAUCAGUGGCCAGGUGGUGUUUAACAUGAAUAACGGGGCUGGUCGUGUGUCGGUGCGCUCAGUUGGUCAGAUGUUGUGUGACAGACGGUGGCACUACCUCCACGCCAGAAAAACCAAACACACCCUGAGUCUGAGUGUAGAUGGGCGGAGUUACACCACCCCAAACCCCUACCCACAGUCCACCUCUGCUGAGACCAACAACCCCGUUUACCUGGGAGGUUACCCAGCGGGUGUGAAACAGAACUGCCUGUCAAUCAGCUCUAGGUUCAGAGGUUGUUUGAGGAACGUGCAUCUCACUAAGUCUCACCUGAGCAAUGCGCUUGACCCAAGCUCCGCCCACUUCCUGAUGGGUGUCGUAUCUAACUCCUGUCCUGUUUACUAGCAACUUGUAGGCUUGUUGUGAUUGGUCCAUUAACAGUAGGAUUAAGUGGCAAAGUGAUUAUAAUAUUGAUAACUCGUGGCUAAUAACAGUUUUUUUUACAUUUUAGCAUCACUGUGAUUUUUAAUUCUCUUUAUAGCUAUGUUUCGUUUUUAUAUGAGUGAUUAAAGAUCAUUUGAAAAUGA